AUGAAUUGGGUAAAUAAGAGUGUCCCACAGGAGUUCGUUCUGUUAGGUUUCUCAGAUCAACCAUGGCUAGAGAUUCCACUCUUUGUGAUGUUUCUGUUUUCCUAUAUCUUGACAAUCUUUGGCAAUCUGACAAUAAUUCUUGUGUCACAUUUGGAUUUCAAACUCCACACCCCUAUGUACUUUUUUCUUAGCAAUCUCUCACUCCUGGACCUUUGCUAUACCACAAGUACAGUUCCACAAAUGCUGGUAAACAUAUGCAACACCAGGAAGGUAAUCAGUUAUGGUGGCUGUGUGGCCCAGCUUUUCAUUUUCCUGGCCUUGGGUUCCACGGAAUGUCUUCUCCUGGCCGUCAUGUCCUUUGAUAGGUUUGUAGCUAUUUGUCGGCCUCUCCAUUACUCAAUUAUCAUGCACCAGAGGCUCUGCUUCCAGUUGGCAGCUGCAUCCUGGAUUAGUGGCUUUAGCAAUUCAGUAUUACAGUCCACCUGGACACUUAAGAUGCCACUGUGUGGUCACAAAGAAGUGGAUCACUUCUUCUGUGAAGUCCCUGCUCUGCUCAAGUUGUCCUGUGUUGACACAACAGCAAAUGAGGCUGAACUAUUCUUCAUCAGUGUGCUAUUCCUUCUAAUACCCGUGACACUCGUCCUUAUAUCGUAUGCUUUUAUUGUCCAAGCAGUGUUGAGAAUCCAGUCUGCUGAAGGUCGACAAAAGGCAUUUGGGACAUGUGGCUCCCAUCUAAUUGUGGUGUCACUUUUUUAUGGUACAGCUAUCUCUAUGUACCUGCAACCACCUUCACCCAGCUCCAAAGACCGGGGAAAGAUGGUUUCUCUCUUCUAUGGAAUCAUUGCACCCAUGCUGAAUCCCCUUAUAUAUACACUUAGGAACAAAGAGGUAAAGGAAGCCUUUAAAAGGUUGGUUGCAAGAGUCUUCUUAAUCAAGAAAUAA